CUUGUCGGAAGCUAUGACGUCAGUAAAGCACGAAUGACUCCGACUCUUGCACCUGUUUGAAGCUCAUUAGGAAACACGCUCUGCCCGGGACCGAUAAGCGAGUUCAGUAACAUACCUGGAAUACAGCGCGCUGCCAAAACAAGAGGGGAUUCGGGGCACGGCGAUUAUAUACUUCACAGCGCUUUCCAAGAAGAAAUAGAAACGUAUUAUUCUUUGUGUUGUUAUUCGCAUCCACGGUGAGCCAGUUUUGCGGUCUACAGUACCCGAUAACACUUACUGCGCUGAACCCGAUCUCUGUAUUUUAAUAAACAGACUCUAAGUGUAUGGAAUCACAAUCACCGAACAGCAAACCCGACCUCAGGAGACUGUUCUCUGCCUGCGAUCUCAAUAAAUCUGGAAGGAUCGAGUAUGAAGAUUUUGCGGCGGUUUGCCGGGAGCUGAGCGUCCAGCCCUCGCAGGUGCGUCUUCUCUUUAACAAGUUCGAUAUGGACCAGGACGGGUGCAUCGACUACACGGAUUUUUCGACUCGGUUCCAGGAAGUUUCAGAAACUUUGGAUCUGGCUUCUUUCGACGGGUCUUCGCAUUCACACAGAAUCGCUUGGGAGGAAUUCGAAGAGAGACUCGGGGAUGAAGUUCGCUGUCUGAACAGCAGCCGAGACCAGUUGGCAGAGCUGUACCAGCAGAUCCAUGCCUGCUCGGAGGACGCUGUGCUCCAAUAUGAGUUGCUCAUCGAGGGCCUGAUCAGAGACCGCAGGGUCCACUGUCUGGAGACUGAUAAACUGGAGUCUGCUCUGAGAGGGACAGAGGAGAUGACUGCGAGACAGCUGACUGAACUGGAGGAAGAUCUACAGCAGCAACUCUCCAACCUGGAGAAGAGAGUAAGAGAGGAGGAGCGCCAGAAACUGGAAGCAGCAGUUGCAGGCCUUCAGAGGAGACAUGAGAACGAGGUCUCUGAUCUGCAGGCAGCUGCUGACAGGCUCAAAGCGCAAGAAGAGUAUCUGCUGCACUUAAUCUCCAAAGAGGAUGUUUCUAAACUUAAAGAUACAAUCUGUGAGCUGACACAGGAAAAGGAAUACUUAAGGAAAUGCCUAGAAAAAGCCAAGACGAGUGUUUCACUUCUUCAAGUAGAGCUGGAUCAACUUAAGAAUGAUUUUACAGACCAAAAAUUACAACACGAGAGAGAGAAAGAAGCAUUGUCCAAGAUGGCAGAAGAGCAACAGUCGUAUUCCAAUCAGAUUGAAAUACUGCAGGGUGUAAACAAAACACUGUACGACAGCAACGAUGGGCUGAGAUCGGCUCUCAGUACAAACACUGGGUCUGGAAAGAAAAGGCACCUCUCACCCAGGGGUCGAAUUCCAAUAACCAGAGUGAAGCCCAGUGAACAAAAUGGGAUGCAUGUCAUUAGCUACAGCAGCUUUGCUGGUGAAGACAACAGCAAUGCGUUGGAUACGUAUGGACCCACGCCUGCUAAAUACUCUCAGGUUGCCAGCUGGGCUGACAACUACCUGGACAGUGGAGUCUCCGACUCUCACGAUGCCAUCGACGACCAGGACUCCAGCAAUGAGUACGACAGCGAUCACAGCAACUACUCGGAGGGGACUGUGCACUACAGCUACUCCUGUGUGCCCUCAGACAUUGAGAUGUCUGAAUUGAAGUCGGAGAGGAUGUUCGAUAUGGAGUCCUCUUUGGCUCUGAGCCGCCGCAGUUCUGUUGGCUCUUCGAUUAGGAGACGCCUUCCAGCAUUCAGCCAAAAGCUGGCUGAUAGAGGAAUGGAGGAUUCCCAGGAGCCGGGUCCAAUGUACAGGCUAGUCCUCGCAGGGGACGCAGGAGCAGGGAAGUCCAGCUUUCUGCUGCGACUGUGCAUGAAUGAAUUCAGAGGAAACAUCCCCACAACGCUGGGAGUUGAUUUCCAAAUGAAGAAGUUGUUGGUUGACGGAGAGCAGACAACGUUACAGAUCUGGGACACUGCAGGACAAGAGAGGUUCCGCAGCAUUGCCAAGUCCUACUUCCGAAAGGCACACGGGGUGCUACUCCUGUACGACGUCACCUCUGACAGGAGCUUCCUGAAUAUUAGAGAGUGGAUUGAUGAAAUCCGGGAUUCCACAGAUAACCCCAUUCCUCUAAUUCUAAUUGGAAACAAGUGUGACUUGAGAGCAGAGAUGCCGGAGUCCAGCUGUGUGAACACUGCACACGGGGAGAAGCUAGCCAUGACGUACAAUUCCCUUUUCUGUGAAACAAGUGCUAAAGACGGUACCAAUGUCGUGGAAGCUGUCCUGCAUCUUGCAAGGGAAGUGAGAAAGAAUGUUAAUAUCAAGCAGACUUCCGAGCCAGUCAUGAAACUGAGUAUCCAGGAUGGGAAGAAAGCACUGACAAACUGCUGUGGGAUGUAGACACCACCGUCUCACCUGGCAUCUGAUCAUGCCCAAGUAUUGUUUUGUGAAUGGAUCCUAAAUACAGCAAAUGAACUGUGUGGGCAAAAUCGGGCAAGUUUUGUUGGGUGGUUGUACAAUCAACACAGCUGAUCUUUUCUUUUAAUGCUUUUGCUGACAUUAAAAAGAUGGGAUUUUAAAAUUCAACAAUUUCAAACAAGAACAACAUCUGCUAUUGCUUCAUAGUAACCCUCCUGUUGCCUCCAAUAAGCACGAAUAGCAAACUGAUCACAUUUCAAAGCUGUUCAAGAUGCAUCAGGGUAUGUGUUUGUGUGGAUAAGAUUUUUUUUUUUGUGAUGUCAUCAGUGCAUCACAACAGUUUUAGCUGCCCUAGGAGAACUUAAUAUUUUUUAAACUGUUGCAUUUAGGUAAAUAGUUUGUGUAUAUUUAACCGGUAUAUUAUUAAUGUAUUUUGUACAAAAAAAAGUUGUUUUUAACAUGAACAAAAAUGAAGGGAUGUCUAAAAUUAAUGCUGAAAUCAUGUAAAUGUUAAACGGAUUUGUAUGGCUGUGUUGGUGUUGAAUUUAUUAGUUUUAUAGGAAA